AUGGAUGAUAUAAAACUUUUCAUGGAACAUUCCGCUAUACAAUGUGAAAAAUUUGUCGUUCGUAUAUGGGAAGCGCGAACUGCCACUGUAAUGGAAAAUUGGUCUUUCGGCAUGAUAGGGAUGGGCGAAUCAAUCAAAGAGGCAAUAAAUGAUAAUUUUUUAGUUUACAAACGAAAAUAUAGCGCAAGGAGACCAAAAAUGACAAAGUUAGUUAAUGAGUACCGAAUAAUAAAAAGUUGUCACGUAACUUUUGAACAUAAUGGUCUUCAAGAAAGUCUCCUUUAUAGUCAAGUUUCGCUUCAGGCAUUUGGCAAGUAUCAAGAAAACUUAAAACUUCAUCUAUUUCAUUAG